CAAAAAAAACGAGAUGGUUGACCAGGCAGUAUUGGACAAGUUGGAAGCUGGGUUCAACAAGCUCGCUGCAUCUGACAGCAAGUCUCUGUUGAAGAAGUACCUCACCAAGGAAGUAUUCGACGCCCUGAAGACCAAGAAAACCGGGUUCGGGUCGACUUUGCUGGAUGUAAUACAGUCCGGAGUCGAGAACCUGGACUCUGGUGUCGGGAUCUACGCCCCAGACGCCGAAUCCUACACUUUGUUCGGCGACCUCUUUGACCCCAUCAUCGACGACUACCACGGCGGAUUCAAAAAGACUGACAAGCAUCCACCAAAAGACUUCGGCGACGCUGAUACUCUUGGAAACCUCGACCCGACUGGUGAAUACAUCGUGUCAACUCGCGUAAGAUGCGGUCGUUCUCUCGACGGCUACCCCUUCAACCCCUGCUUGACAGAGGCUCAGUACAAAGAGAUGGAAGAGAAAGUCUCCAGCACCUUGGGCGGACUCGAGGGCGAACUCAAGGGAACUUUCUACCCGUUGACUGGAAUGAGCAAAGACGUCCAGCAAAAGCUCAUCGACGAUCACUUCCUCUUCAAAGAGGGUGACCGGUUCCUCCAGGCUGCUAACGCCUGCCGAUUCUGGCCAACAGGUCGCGGUAUUUUCCACAACGACGCUAAAACUUUCCUCGUUUGGUGCAACGAAGAAGAUCACUUGCGUAUCAUUUCAAUGCAGAUGGGUGGUGAUCUUGGACAGGUCUACCGUCGUCUCGUAACAGCAGUAAACGACAUUGAAAAACGAUUGCCUUUCUCUCACAAUGAACGUUUCGGUUUCUUGACAUUCUGUCCAACGAAUCUUGGAACAACAGUCCGCGCUUCAGUUCACAUCAAGCUCCCGAAAUUGGCCGCCAACAAGGCCAAGCUCGAAGAAGUCGCAUCUAAAUUCAAUCUACAAGUACGUGGUACCCGCGGAGAGCACACCGAAGCCGAGGGUGGAAUUUACGACAUCUCAAACAAACGUCGUCUUGGUCUCACUGAAUACCAGGCAGUCAAAGAAAUGCACGACGGUAUCGCCGAGCUCAUUAAGAUCGAGAAAGAGCUCUAAACCGCUUAAUUAAUAUUUAAUU